AUGGCAAUGUCACUGCGAGCUGCGCGGUUGUUGGGUCGCCGAUCGGCCGUUCUGUCAUCGAGCGUGCGUCUUUCGCGCGUCGCGACGCAAUCGUCCCGUCUUAACUUGGCUCCACGCGCCUUCAGCACAACAGUUGCUCGCUACGACACUCCGGAUGUCUUCCACUCAUUGAAGGAAGGGCCUGCAGCAAACUUCUUGGGCACCUUCCAGGAAACCUCCAAGACACCGCAGACCCUCACCGAGAAGAUCGUCCAGGGCCAUGCAAUCGGUCUCGCAGAGGGCAAGGUCGUCCGAUCGGGUGAUUAUGUCACUCUCCAGCCUGCGAAGUGCAUGACCCACGACAACUCGUGGCCUGUUGCGCUCAAGUUCAUGUCCAUCGGCGCCACUAAGAUCAACGAUCCCAAGCAAAUCGUCAUGACCCUCGAUCACGACGUACAGAACAAGACCGAGAAGAACCUCAAAAAGUACAAGCAGAUCGAGGAGUUUGCCGGAAAGAAUGACGUCGUCUUCUACGGUGCUGGACGCGGUAUUGGUCACCAGAUCAUGGUUGAAGAAGGCUACGCAUGGCCAGGAACACUGGCCGUGGCUUCCGACAGCCACUCGAACAUGUACGGCGGUAUUGGAUGCCUGGGUACGCCCGUGGUCCGCACAGACGCUGCGAGUAUCUGGGCAACCGGCAAGACCUGGUGGCAGGUUCCUCCUGUUGCAAAGGUCACCCUCAGCGGCGCCAUGCCCAAGGGCGUCACCGGAAAGGAUGUCAUCGUUGCUCUCGCUGGUCUCUUCAACAACGACGAGGUCCUCAACCACGCCAUCGAAUUCACUGGAACCGAUGAGACCCUGCGCACCAUUCCCGUCGACGACCGUCUGACCAUUGCCAACAUGACCACCGAGUGGGGCGCUCUGACUGGUCUCUUCCCGAUCGACUCCGUGCUUCAUGGCUGGCUGCGCGCCCGCGCCACACUCGCCGCCAUGGGCGAAGGCGAAGCCAAGGAUCACCACCAGAAGCAGUUCGUCCACGAGCGUAUCGACAAGCUGUUCACAGCGACUGGCAUCGUCGGGCAACAACUCGGUCACAUCUGGAAGCCUGCUUUGGCUGCUGAUAAGGGUGCUGUUUAUGCCAAGGAGCUCUUCCUCGACUUGUCCACACUGUCUCCCUACGUGUCGGGGCCUAACUCGGUCAAGAUUGCCACACCCCUGAUCGAGCUCCAGAACCAGGACAUCAAGGUCAACAAGGCUUACCUCGUCUCUUGCACCAACUCGCGUGCAUCUGACCUUGCAGCUGCUGCGCGAGUCUUCAAGGAGGCUGCUGCUGCCAACGGCGACAAGAUCCCCAAGCUCCCCGAGCACGUCAACUUCUACAUCGCCGCUGCAUCCAUCCCCGAGCAGAAGGCCGCAGAGGAGUCCGGCGACUGGCAGACUCUCCUCGAAGCCGGUGCCCAGCCCCUCCCCUCUGGCUGCGGUCCCUGCAUCGGUCUCGGCACCGGCCUCCUCGAGCCUGGUGAGGUCGGCAUCAGCGCCAGCAACCGCAACUUCAAGGGCCGCAUGGGCUCCCCCGACGCCAAAGCCUACCUCGCCAGUCCCGAAGUCGUCGCCGCUAGUGCCCUUUCUGGCAAGAUCUCCGGGCCCGGAUGGUACGAAGCACCCGAGGGCUACACGGGCGUGCGCCGCGGCGAAGGCGACGGUGUCCCCGAGGAAGAACGCAUGAUGACCAUCGAAGACAUGAUCGAGAAGGCCAUCAAAGACGCCGAAGCCGCUGCGUCGUCCUUCGGCGAGCCCGCCUCCCCCUCGACCCCGGAGCCCACUGCCUCCUCCACCGCGGAGACGCUCACCGACAUCCUCCCCGGCUUCCCCGAGAAAAUCACUGGCGAAAUCGUCUUCUGCGACGCCGACAACAUCAACACCGACGGCAUCUACCCCGGCAAAUACACCUACCAGGACGACGUGUCGCGCGACACCAUGGCGGCCGUGUGCAUGGAGAACUACGACCCCAAGUUCAGCGAAUCCGCGCGCGCCGGCGACAUCCUCGUGUCGGGCUUCAACUUCGGGUGCGGCAGCAGCCGCGAGCAGGCCGCGACCGCCAUCCUGGCCAAGGGCAUUCCGCUCGUGGUUGCGGGCAGCUUUGGCAACAUCUUCAGCCGUAACAGCAUCAACAACGCGCUGAUGGGCGUCGAGGUGCCGCGGCUGGCGAACAGGCUGCGCGAGGUCUUCUCCGGCACGAAUGUCGAGGCUAGUCAGCAGGUCAAGGAGCCCGCGCUGAAUAGCCAGUCGCUGGACUCGCCGCCGCCGGCGGCCACGGCGCAGCCCGUCGAGGCGAAGCAGCUUACGCGCCGCACUGGCUGGACGCUGGAGUGGGAUGUCCGCAGGAGCACGGUCAAUGUGCAGGAGGGCCCCAACGGCGCCAAGUGGAGCGUCAAGGUUGGCGAGCUUCCUCCCAAUGUGCAGGAGAUCAUUGCUCUUGGUGGGCUUGAGAACUGGGUCAGGAAGGAGAUUGGUGGCACUGUUUGA